AUGGAUCUCCACGAGGUGCAGACUCAGAUGGCCGCAUGGCUGCACGACGCCUCGCACGCCUUCCAAAAAGUCCCUGGCUCAGCCGUGCUCAUCCGCUAUGUCCAGUCUAGCUACCAGAACGACCCCGUCCGCUCUGCCAUUGAGCUGGUUCUCGUCAUCUUCUUUAUUCGAUACUUGCUGUCUCCUUCGUACUCUACACACAAGGACAACUUCAUCAAGCUUCGCGAAGACGAAAUCGAUGAACUGGUUGACGAAUGGGUCCCCGAGCCCUUGGUAGCUGCCCAGACAAGUCUCGAGGAGAUGGAGAUCGAGAAAGCCCCCGUCAUCGUCGGACCUACUGGGCCAAAGUCCAAGCUUUCCAAUGGCCGAACCGUCACAAAUCUCGCUUCUUACAAUUUCUACAACUUCAAUGCCAACGAGCAGAUCAAGGAAAAGGCGAUCCAGACGCUCCGUACCUACGGCGUCGGGCCUUGCGGUCCCCCGCAGUUUUAUGGCACUCAAGACGUUCACAUGAAGACAGAGGCAGACAUCGCAUCAUACCUAGGCACAGAGGCGUGCAUCGUAUACGCGCAGGCCUUCUCUACAAUCUCGAGCGUCAUCCCAUCGUUCUGCAAGCGCGGCGAUAUCAUCGUUGCGGACAAGGCUGUCAACUACUCGAUCCGCAAGGGCCUAGAGAUUUCACGAAGUAAUAUCAAAUGGUACAACCACGGCGACAUGGACGACCUCGAGGCCGCCAUGCAGAAAGUUGUGCGAGAGCAAGCCAAAAAGAAGCAGCUUACGCGGCGAUUCAUUGUCACCGAAGGCUUGUUCGAAACCACAGGCCGCUCGGUGGAUCUACCUCGCCUUACGGCGUCAAAGAUCGAACUAAAGGAGAAGUACAAAUUCCGCAUCAUUCUAGACGAAACUUGGUCCUUCGGCGUCCUGGGCCGGACCGGCCGCGGCCUUACAGAGGCUCAAAAUGUGGAUCCCUCCCAGGUUGACAUGAUUGUCGGCUCUCUUGCUGGACCCCUCUGUGCUGGUGGUGGGUUUUGUGCUGGGCCCAAGGACGUGGUGGAACACCAGCGCAUUACAUCUGCAGCCUAUACCUAUUCUGCGGCACUGCCAGCCAUGCUAGCCGUUACUGCUAGCGAAACGCUCAAUGUUCUUCAGUCAAAUCCCGAGAUUCUUUCCCAGUGCCGCGAGAACAUUCGCGCGAUGCGAUCUCAACUAGACCCACGAAGCGACUGGGUUGUGUGCACAAGCGCUCCGGAGAACCCUAUCGUGCUUCUGGUACUGAAAGCAGACGUUGUCCGAGCGAGGCGGUUAGGGGUUGAGGACCAAGAGCGGCUCUUGCAAGAGUGUGUCGACGAGGCACUCACAAAUGGCGUUCUCAUAACCCGUCUCAGAACAGCCCCAGUCACCAACAGCAUCGGUCCCAAAGAUGGCAGCUGGGAAGCCUUGCCGGCCUUGAAGGUUUGCAUCACGUCAGGAUUGUCGAGGAAGGACGUCGAGAAGGCCGGCGUCACUAUCAGACACGCGAUUACCAAGGUCAUGACACGGAAAUCAAACAACAAACUUUCAUUACCUCCCGUAUCUUAA